AGAACUGAGUUAGAUUGGGGACAGAGAGGCACUCUGGGCCUUUCACUUUCCGCCCUCUUCCCGUCCCCUUCCCUCUACGACUCCUCUGCUCCGACUUCUCCCCUCCCACUUAGGGGUUGCUACUGCCUCGUGUGACAGGGGGAAUGAAAACAAGGGAAGCGGGGCGGAGAGGCGGGCUGCCAGGAUAGGGGCGGGACUUUCUGAGAACGAUAGCCAAUGGAGGAGGGGGGCGUGGCUUCAGGUGUGGACUAGCUGAAGGCUGGUUCCAGGCCUGGUAGCUAGCUGAACGGCCGUGGCUCAGAAUCUCUCGGCUAGCUGCAGGGAAAGGUAAAGCGAGGAGCCGACUGGAGGAGCACCCGAGAACAGAAGCGCUGCGCAGGAUACCUUGAGUCCUGGUUUAUCUCUGACUAUGUAUAUGAGGUUCCUUGAACUCCUCCCGAUCCUCCUCCCCACCUCCCAAGUGCUGGGAUUACAGAUUUCAGCUCAGUUACUUAUGGCUUCCCCUAAAAUUGCUUCUCUCUCUUGGGGACAAAUGAAAGUGCAAGGCUCUACCUUAACCUAUAAGGAUUGCAAAGUAUGGCCAGGAGGCAGUCGGGCUUGGGACUGGAGAGAAACAGGAACUGAGGUGCCUCCUUCGACUGUGGAGUACCUCGAGAAACAAGGCAUUGAUGUGCGGGUCCUCCAGACAGAGCAGGCAGUGAAGGAGUAUAAUGCCUUGGUUGCCCAGGGGGUAAGGGUGGGAGGUGUCUUCCAUUCCACCUGCUGAUGGAGCCUACAGAGGAGAAUAAAUCGCCGGACUGAAAUGCCUUGGCUGUCUUACCAUUCUCCACAUCAGCCUCCACUGUGUAUUUUGGACAUAUGUUCAUGUUCUUGGGAAAGAUUGAUGGGAGGCUAAGGCAAAGGUUUUAUUCUCCAGGUUGCUUAAAUCAGAAAAGAAAGAGACUUGCUGACAUUUAGUAUUGUGCUAUGUGUUAGGUUCAAAGUAUGAGGCACUUCAUACAAAAGUAAAGGUGGAAACUUGAAGGCCAAAUAGAAAGUCAAGAGCAUUAAAGAUCUCACCACAG